AUCUGAGAAGAGAGGAUGCAUUCUAGUCCCCAUCUGAUAUUUGAUUCCUCUUUGUCGUCCACUUGCGCACGACUACUAGUGUUGGGCGAUGGGAACUCCAUCUUCCGAGGGUUGAGGUCGGCGGAGGAGCAUGGCGCCACCAAGAGGCUGUUCUUCACAUCACCGGAUGAGAUUUACGAGGAGGAAUACUACGAGGAGCAGCUGCCGGAGAAGAAGCGCCGCCUAACGCCAGAUCAGGUAAAUUUAUUGGAACGUAGCUUUGAGGAGGAGAACAAGUUGGAGCCGGAGCGAAAGAGAGAACUGGCUCAAAAGCUAGGCAUGCAACCGAGGCAAGUUGCAGUGUGGUUCCAGAACCAGCGUGCAAGGUGGAAGAACAAGCAACUUGAGCAGGAUUUUGAUCGGCUCAAGUCCUCAUAUGAGUCACUCCUUGCUGAUCAUGCUGCCCUCUUCAAGGACAACGAGGGAUUGCGAUUGGAGGUAAUUCCCCUCUUUCUCCUCAGAUCCAUAGAGUCUCUCCCAAUUUUGCAAGUUGGACUAUGAGUGCCUUAUUUGUUAAUUUGAUACAGCUUUAUUUCUAA